AUGUCGUUCAGUAAAGACUCGGACUCCAAGCUCAAGUUCAAAACCUCUGGCAAGCUGAAGGUUUCGCCAACAUUCGAAUCGAUGCAUCUGAAAGAAGACCUUCUUAGAGGUGUAUACGCCUACGGUUUCGAAGCACCUUCCGCAAUCCAGUCAAGAGCGAUAACACAGAUCAUCUCAGGUAGAGAUGUGAUCGCCCAGGCCCAAUCUGGUACAGGUAAGACAGCCACUUUCACUAUUGGCAUGCUACAAGUAAUAGACUUCAAAAGCCGAGAGCUUCAGAGCCUGGUGCUUUCGCCCACGAGAGAGCUGGCCAAGCAGAUCUCACAAGUUGUCGGGAACCUGGGUGAUUACAUGAACAUAUCCGCGCACGCUUGCACCGGUGGGAAGGCGAUGCAGACGGACACCAAAAAACUGACCCACGGCUGCCAUGUAGUGAGUGGCACGCCAGGCCGAGUGCUGGACAUGAUAAAGAGAAGAAUACUUAAUACCAGGCAUUUGAAGAUGCUGAUUUUGGAUGAGGCCGACGAGCUUCUCAGUGAGACGCUCGGCUUCAAACAACAGAUCUACGACAUAUUUGCAAAGCUACCGAAGUCAGUGCAAGUGGUGGUGGUGAGCGCCACCAUGAGCAAAGACAUCUUGGAAAUCACCAAGAAGUUCAUGAGCGACCCCGUCAAAAUUUUGGUUAAAAGAGACGAGAUCUCACUGGAGGGCAUCAAGCAGUACCACGUCAAUGUGGACCGCGAGGAGUGGAAAUUCGACACCCUGUGCGACCUAUACGAUUCCCUCACCAUAACGCAGUGUGUGAUUUUCUGCAACACCAAAAAGGUGGUCGACUGGUUGUCGUCGAAGCUCUUACAGGCCAACUUCGCCGUUGCGUCCAUGCACGGGGACAUGAAGCAGGAGGACCGGGACCGGGUGAUGAACGACUUUCGGUCGGGCACCUCGCGCGUGCUAAUUUCCACCGACGUGUGGGCACGAGGGAUAGAUGUCCAGCAGGUGUCGCUGGUUAUCAACUACGAUUUGCCCGACAACCUCGAGAACUACAUCCACCGUAUCGGGCGCAGCGGUAGAUUCGGCCGCAAGGGUGUCGCAAUCAACUUCAUAACGCGCGAUGACGCACAGGGCCUGAAGGCAAUCGAAAAGCACUACAGCGUGAAGAUUCGGCCCAUGCCUGCGAACCUCGCCGAGCUGUCAUAA